GCCAUCAGACAAUAUUUAAUAAACCCUGAUGUGCCCGCCUCACAGGAUUUGUCCCAACUCAAUCCCUUCACUCUAUUAAAUGACUCACAUCUGUGUGAUCAUCCCCCCUCCUUCAGUGUGAAUGUCAGCUGUGCUGCCUAUUGCAGACGAGGGCUGAGGUACAAAGCCCCAAAAAUCCUCCAAUAUGUGCAGAGAUGGGCGGUGGCACUUUUACGCAGCUUCCAAGUGUCACAACUUAAAACUCCUGCGCGCUUUUCCCUCGCAGUGUGUGGAGGAACCGGACCAACGGACGCAUGAGAGUCACCGCGGAGGCACUUAAGGAUUUUUUGGCACCAUUUGUUUUUCCUCCCUCACCUGUCUCUGGAUGCUGUGGAUCAAGAUGCUGUUCCGCGGACUUCUCCUGUGCUCUUCACUGACUGUGCUUUUUGUCUCCGCGCAGCCCGACAGCUCUGGAUUAUUUUACGCACUCCGAUCUGAACUGUCGGAGGACGCAAUCCUGGUGGCCAACAACGGAAUACGCGUGCCUUUCGGGAGAUCCGUCUUCAUCGAUCCCAUUAAUGAUUUGGUGAUCCAGACGCAGCCGGGGGAUCGAUGCAGCGUCACCGUCCUGGACAACGAUCCGCUCUCGCAGAGACCGGGGCAUCUCUCUCCCAAAAAGUUCCCGUGUGAUUUCGGUCCCAACGACGUGACGUACUCGCACUAUGGCUCGAGGAGUCCUUCCAAAGACAGGGUGAAGCUGCAGCUCAGGUAUGACGCGCAAACUGAGACCGUCAUCAUCCCGUUCAUGAUAGAGGUGGAAGUUGUUUUUACGCAGCUGGAGUUACUCACCAAAAACAUGCCUCUCAUUGUCGAUAACUUAAAGAGCAUCAGUAAUCCCAUAGAUAAGAAGACUGUCGAGUUCACCUAUGAUAGAGACUCUUAUAAAUGCGAGGUGGCGUCCCUAACUGGCAGCAGCACUUUGCCCAGAUAUGGAAGACUCAUUGAUGGAGGGAAACUUUCCUCAGUGAUGGACUGUGAUGAAUUCACGCAGGCUGGCAUCCGCUACAUGCACACGUUUGAGCGACUGUCGCCCAACAGGGAUUAUGUGCCAAUGGUGGUGGAGCUGCACGACAAGGAGGGAAACCUAGUGAAACAGGAGUAUUUCCAUCUCAUGAUACGCAUCAAAGAAGGAGAGGAGAAUACGCCCCCCAAACCCUGCUUUGUGUGCAUGAUGAUGAUGGAGGUGAGUCAGUUUGUCAUGACCGCACUCACACCUGAAAUGCUCUCUGCAGAAGAUGCAGAGUCGGACCCCGGUGAGCUCAUCUUCAACAUCACCUCUCCUUUAUCUUACGAGGAGGGCUACAUAGUCAGCACCGAUGACAGAAAUCUCCCCAUCACAUCUUUCUAUCAAAGAGACCUGCGUGAUUUAAAAAUCGCCUACAAGCCUCCGUCUCUGGACUCAGACACUGAGAGGAUUUUCCAGCUGGAGUUUGAGGUGGUGGACACAGACGGGGCUGUCUCGGACCCCUUCGCUUUCAUGAUCGUCGUGAAUCCGAUGAACUCUCUGGCCCCCGUCGUGACCCGCAACACCGGUCAGCUGCUGUAUGAGGGACAGUCGCGGUCUCUCUUCAGCACCCACAACUUGGACAUCAGCGACGAAGACAACCUGGACUCCGUCACCAUCACGGUGGUGGACGGGCUGCGUCACGGAGACCUCACCGUGCUGGGCUCUCACUGGAAGUUCUUCACGCCCGCCGACCUGACGACUGGUGUCGUCGUGUACCAGCACGAUGGGAGCGAGACGCACAGCGACAACAUUGUCUUUAAGAUGACAGACGGGAAGAACGAAGUCGAAUUCCUUUUCCCCAUUACGAUCGUUCCCACUGAUGAUGAGCCACCCAUCAUAAAUGCCAACACUGGGCUGCUGCUGUUCAAACACCAGAUGAUGCCUAUAUCUCCUCUCAUGCUCAGCGCGGCUGAUAUUGACUCGGAGGACUCCACUAUUAAAUUCACUCUCAUCCCUCCAUUUUCCACAAUAAGCACAGUGCUCCUAAGACAGUCCGACGCCCCGGAGGACCCUUCCUCUUGGAAGUUCAACGCCGAAGACGAAGUUUAUGAGAAGGAGGUAAAAGAGUGGCUUCAGAAAGACAUCACUGAUGGAAAGCUGUAUUACAAACACACGGGCCCUCACAACACGGACACCGUCACGGAUCAGUUUGUGUUUACAGUUCAGGACGACAACGAUCCUCCCAAUGAGUCCGGAGAGAGUGCGUUUAUAAUCCGGGUUUUGCCCAUUGAUGACGUUCCUCCAUCGCUGUUCCCCGGCACCACGCUGCUGAUGACGGUCGAGGAGUUCAAACUCACUCACUUCAGCAAAGAGGUUUUACGCUACACUGAUUUGGACUCUGAGGACCGUGAUCUGAAAUACACGGUCAUACAGCCCCCGACCGACACGGACGAAAACAACCCAGUCACGUUUGGGUCUUUGGUUCUGACGGAGAGCCCGGACACUGAAGUCACAGAGUUCACACAAGCUCAAAUUAACCACCAUAAGGUUUCCUACGGCCCCCCCGAUGUCGAGCUUGGAAUCACGGCACACGUUGUGCAGUUUCGUUAUAUAGUUGAAGACACCGCUGGGAACAGCGUAGAAGGGGCUUUCACGAUCUACCUGCAGCCGGUCAACAACAAACCCCCGCAGAUUACAAACACUGGCUUUACUGUGCUGGAGCGUGGCGCGCACGUCAUCACAAUCGCCGAGCUGGACGCCACGGAUCUCGACACAGACGGUAAACAGAUUACUUUCACACUCAGCCAGCAACCCCAACACGGCCAGGUCCAGGCGCCGUUCACUGACCUGGAGACAAAAGGAGCUUUCAGAGUUGAGGACAUUUCAGACGGCAAGAUAUCUUAUAUUCAUGGAGGAGAGGAGACGACGAGCGAUGAAUUCCAGCUGGAUGUCAGUGACGGGAUCCACGUCGUCACCGUGACAGUCAAAGUGCACGUAAAACCUGUCGAUGACGAGACGCCGACCAUCAGCCUGCCCAGGGGGACUAUCGGUUCUCAUAUGGACGUGCUGGAAAACGGAGCCACAGAAAUCACAACUAAUGUCAUUCAAGGACACGACGACGACACAGAUGACCUGCAGCUCACGUUCAUCGUGGAGGAUCCUCCGCUGAAGGGGGAAAUAUUAGUUAAAGGUGUGCCAGCAACUAAGUUUACACAGGCUGAUAUUAUUAACGGAGUGGUGGUGUACGCACACACCAGUGGAGAGUUAGGCCUCGCCUCUGAGCAGGACGGAUUCAAUUUGACUCUUACAGACAUGUCAGAUGAUUGGACCGUAGGUGGCAAUAAGGUCAGCGGCGUCCACGUCCGCGUCUCGAUACUUCCUGUUGACAGCCAGGCCCCUGAGGUCGGAGUUGGGACUCAGUUCAGUGUCAUUGAAGGACAGAAAUACGCCAUUGGCCCUCAGCACUUGAAUGCUGAUGAUAAUGACACUCCAACAGAUGAUAUCCUUUGCACUAUCAUUGCCCAGCCUACUGCCGGCUAUGUGGAAAACAUAUCACCAGCCCCAGGCUCAGAAAAGUCCAGAUCAGGAACAGCUAUCAGUGCGUUUACCAUCAGAGAUAUCAGAGAGGGGAAUAUCUACUAUGUGCAGAGUAUUCACAAAGGAGUGGAGCCAGUGGAGGACAGGUUCACAUUUAGAUGUUCUGAUGGCAUCAAUUUCUCCGAGAGUCAUUUCUUCCCAAUUGUAAUCAUCCCUGCAAAUGACGAAAAGCCCGAGCUGCAUCUGAGGGAAAUAGUUGUGAUGGAGGGGAUGAACAUCGUCAUUGACACGCCACUUCUGAACGGCGCUGACGCGGAUAUUCCACCCGAAGAGCUGAUAUUCAUCAUUUCCAAACCUCCCAAACACGGUGUCAUUUUAAAUCAGCUUUCAACAGGCUCCGUUCUGGUGACUAAUUUCACUUUGGAGGAGAUCAGGGAGGCGUCGAGCAUUAUUUAUGAGCAUGAUGACUCAGAGACAACAGAGGACAGCUUUGAAGUAACUCUGACGGACGGAAAGUACUCCGUGCAGAAAACGGCCAUCGUCAUGAUCGUUGCCGUCGAUGAUGAGACGCCCCGGAUGCUCAUCAACGACGGUCUGGAGGUGGAAAUCGGGGAGACGAAAGAGAUCAACAACAAAGUGCUCAAAGCGACAGAUUUAGAUUCAGACGACGGUACGCUCGCAUACGUGGUCCGCUUUGGGCCCAGUCAGGGCUUCCUGGAGAGAAAAACUCCAUCCGGGAGUCUGGAGAACAUCACACUGGGCAUGAAUUUCACGCAAGCUGAAAUUGACGCGGGGCUCGUCGUUUACACGCACAGCGGGCAGGAGGGCAUCAGAGACUUGGUGAAGUUCGACGUGACCGAUGGAAUGAACCCACUGAUCGACCGUUACUUCUACAUCACCGUGGGCAGCAUCGACAUGGUCUUCCCCGAUGUCGUCAGUAAAGGUGUGUCAUUAAAAGAAGGUGGAAGAGUGACUCUCACCACAGAUCUUCUCAGCACCACUGACCUCAACAGCCCUGAUGAGAACCUGGUGUUUACCAUCACAAGAGCUCCUGUUCGAGGCCACUUGGAGUGCACAGAUACUCCCGGGAUGCCGAUUGUUUCUUUUACUCAGCUGCAACUGGCCGGCAGUAAGAUUUACUACAUCCACACAUCCGACGAGGAGGUGAAAAUGGACAGUUUUGAGUUUGAAGUCACCGACGGCUACAAUCCCAUUUUCCGUACGUUCAGAAUAUCUAUCGUGGACGUGGACAAUAAGAAGCCUGUCGUGACCGUAAAUAGUCUGGUUGUCACCGAGGGUCAGAUUAAGCUGAUCACGCCGUUCGAGCUCACGGCCGAGGACCAGGACACGGCCGAGAGGCUGCUGAAAUUCACCGUCACGCAACUGCCUGUUCACGGCAAACUCCUCUAUAACCGAACCACACCUGUCACCAGCUUCACCAAACAAGACCUGAAUGAAAACCUCAUCAGCUACAAACACGACGGCACGGAAUCGCCCGAGGACUCCUUCUCCUUCACCGUCACCGAUGGCACGCACACAGACUUUUUCGUUUUCCCCAACACCGUUUUUGAGACUCGGCACCCUCAAAGCAUGAAGAUCACCAUCGUGGCGAUGGAUAACGGCGUCCCGCAGAUCGUGGUGAAUAAAGGUGCACCCGCUUUGAAGACCUUGGCCACGGGUCACCUGGGGUUCCCCGUCAGCUCCAAAGUUCUGAGGGCUGAGGACAGAGACAGCAGCCCGGCAUCGCUGGUUUUCCACAUCACCACUCAGCCCAGACACGGCUACGUCAUUCACCUGGGUCACGGAAACAACUCCGUCGACACGUUCAGUCAAGCUGAUAUCGAUGACCUGAACAUCUGCUAUGUGCUGAGGAAUAAAGAAAACGCCACGUCCGAUGUCUUCCAUUUCUCCGUAGAGGAUAAAGGUGGCAACAAACUGAAGGGACAGCAGUUCCGUUUGGACUGGGCCUGGAUCUCUCUGGAGAAAGAGUACUACGUGGUGGACGAGGAGGACAAGUAUCUGGAGGUGGUGCUCAGGCGGAGAGGUUACCUGGGAGAGACAGCUUUUAUUGGCAUUGGCACCCAGGAUGCCACUGCUAAGAAGGAUGAGGACUUCAAGGGGAAGUCUCAGAAGCAGGUCCAGUUCAACCCAGGACAGACCAGCGCCUCGUGGCGGGUCCGGAUCCUGACCGACGGGAAGUACGAACAGGCGGAGACUUUCCAGAUCGUGCUUUCAGAGCCAGUGAUGGCCGUGAUGGAGUUUCCUGCCGCAGCGACUGUAGAGAUCGUGGAUCCGAGCGAUGAGUCCACUGUGUUCUUCCCUGAACAGAUCCACUCUGUGGAGGAAGAUGUUGGGGAGCUUUUCAUCCCGGUGCACCGCAGCGGAGACAUCAGCCAGGAGCUUAUGGUGGUCUGCUACACACAGCAGGGCUCUGCCUCAGGAACCCUCCCCACCACCGUGCUGUCCUACUCGGACUACAUCUCCCGUCCAGAGGAGCACGGCAGCGUCCUCCGCUUCGACAAGGACGAGCGGGAGAAGCAUUGUCGCGUGGUGAUCAUCGACGACUCCCUGUACGAGGGAGACGAGAGCUUCAAUGUCACUCUGUCGCUGCCCGUCGGGGGCCGCCUGGGGCUGCACUACCCCACCGCCAAAGUCGAGAUCUUGGAGGAUACGGAUGACGCUCCAGUGUUCUACUUUGGAGAAUCGGAGUAUCAUGUGGACGAGAGUGAUGGAUACGUGGAGGUGAAAGUCUGGAGGACGGGAAGUGAUGUGUCCAAGACUGGAACAGUCACUGUCCGCUCUCGGAAAGCAGAGCCGGUCUCUGCUGAGGCUGGCAUUGACUACGUGGGCAUCAGUCGUAACCUGGACUUUGCCCCAGGUGUCAGCGUGCAGACGCUCAGGGUGUCCAUCUUGGACGACCUCGGGCAGCCAGAGCUGGAGGGCACCGAGAGCUUCGAGCUGGUCCUGCGUAUGCCCGUGCACGGCAUUCUGGGAGAACCUGGCAAAGCCACAGUCUUCAUCAACGACUCGGUGUCUGACUUGCCGAAGGUCCAGUUCCGCUCGUCGGUUUACUCUGGAGAGGAGAGUGACGGACAGAUCGGCGCGACGGUUUACCGCAGCGGCGACAUCAGGCACAAAUCCACCGUGCGCUGCUUUACCCGCCAGGGCUCGGCGCAGGUCGCCACCGACUUUGACGAACGGCCCAACACAGACGCAUCCGUCAUCACUUUCUUACCAGGUGAAGUGGAGAAGCCCUGCAUUCUGUCGCUCGUCGAUGACACGCUGUACGAAGAAGGAGAAGAGCUGCGGUUGGUCUUGAGCAGCCCGAAGAGCGACUCACAGUUUGGAGCAUCAGUGGGAGCUCUGAAUGAGACCCUGGUGAAAAUCAAGGACACAGCUGACAAACCCAUCAUUCGUUUUUCGGAGAACAAGUUCAGCGUCAGUGAACCGAAGGAGGUCGGCGCCGUGGCGACUGUGAGGGUUCCCGUGGUGCGAGUGGGUGACACAUCGAAAGUGUCGCUGGUUCGCGUUCACACCAAGGACGGGUCAGCCGUCUCAGGAGAGGACUACUACCCUGUGUCUCAAGACAUUGAGUUCAGAGAGGGCGACAAGGAGCACGUGGUGGAGGUGGAGGUGCUGUUUGACGGCGUCAGAGAAAUGAGGGAGGCCUUCACUCUUCACCUGAAGCCGGAUGAAAACAUGGUGGCGGAAACUCAGGUGACGAAAGUGAUAGUUUACAUCGAGGAGACCAACAGCAUGGCGGAUGUCACCUUCCCCUCGUUGCCUCAUGUGGUGUCUCUCCUCCAUUAUGAUGUCGUCGCCAGAACGCCAGACAGCCUCCACCCACCAGCUGGCUACCCCGUCAUCUGUGUGACAGCUUGCAACACCAAAUACCCAGACUACGACAAGACGGGCUCUAUCUGUGUCAGCGAACAAAUCAACAACACGCUGACCCGCUACCGCUGGCUCAUCAGUGCCCCGGCUGGCCCCGACGGCGUCACCAGUCCCAUGAGGGAGGUGGACUUUGACACCUUCUUCACCUCCUCCAAGAUGAUCACGCUGGACUCGGUCUACUUCCAGGCAGGCUCCAGGGUGCGCUGCGCUGCCAGAGCUGUGAAUUCUAACGGGGAUGAAGGUUUAGAGCUCAGCAGCCCGAUUGUCACGAUCAACCAGGAGGAAGGCAUGUGCCAACCGCGCAAGAUGGGGACAGUCGGCGCCGAGCCCUUCUCCGCCAAGCUACGCUACACCGGCACCGACGACCCCAAACACCCCAACCUCAUCAGAGUGACCGUGACCAUGCCUCACAUAGACGGCAUGCUCCCGGUCAUCUCCACUCGCCCCCUCACGAACUUUGACCUGACUCUCAGCCCUGAUGGAACGCGGGUCGGAAACCACCGGUGCUCCAACCUGCUGGACUACAAUGAGGUCACCACGGGCCACGGCUUCAUCACCGCGUUGACGCGCAGCGCCGAGAGCACGGGAGACGCGGCGCCGUAUCAGUUCAGCGGCGCUCUGCGGGGGAACGGCACGCUGCGCUUCUACAGGAACCUCAACCUGGAGGCCUGCCUGUGGGAGUUCACCAGCUACUACCACAUGUCCGAGCUGCUCACGGACUGCGGAGGCACCAUAGGCAGUGAUGGACAGGUGCUGAACCUGGUCCAGUCGUACGUGACGCUGCGUGUGCCGCUGUACGUGUCGUACGUUUUCCACUCGCCGGUCGGAAGCGGUGGCUGGCAGCACUUUGACCUCCAGUCGGAGCUGCGUCUGACUUUUGUGUACGACACCGCCAUCCUCUGGAAGGAUGGCAUCGGCAGCCCCCCGCAGGCCGAACUCCAGGGAGCUUUGUACCCGGCCAGCAUGCGUAUCAACGAACAGGGACGUCUGGUGGUGAACUUCCGCACCAAGGCUCGUUUCCGCGGUCUGUUCGUGGCGUCUCAUUUUGGAGGCAAGAUAAAAAGAGCCGAAACCUCCAUGUCGUCCAUGGUGAUGAGUGUAGAUCACCCUGGCCUGACCUUUAACCUCACCUUGGUGCGGAGUGAGCCCACCUACAACCAGCCUGUCCAGCAGUGGACGUUCACCUCGGACUUUGCUGUGAGAGACUAUUCAGGGACGUACACAGUGAAGCUGAUCCCUUGUACAACAGCUCAGAAUGUGGAGUACACACUUCCCCCUGUUUGCAGCCCGAGAGAACCGGUCACCUUUGACCUGGACAUCAGAUUCCAGCAGGUGAGCGACCCAGUCGCAGUGGAAUUCAGUUUGAACACUCAGAUGUUCUUGUUGUCCAAGAGGAAUCUCUGGCUGUCUGAUGGCUCCAUGGGUUUUGGUCAGGAGAGUGACGUGGCCUUUUCUGAGGGUGAUAUGAUAUAUGGACGAGUGAUGGUGGACCCUGUGCAGAAUCUGGGAGACUCUUUCUUCUGUAGCAUCGAGAAAGUGUUUCUCUGCACUGGUGCUGAUGGAUAUGUGCCAAAGUACAAUCCAACCAAGUUUGAAUUCGGCUGCCUGGCUGAUUCUCCAUCGCUGCUUUAUAGAUUUAAGAUUCUCGACAAGGCUCAGCCGGAGACUCAGGCGCGUGUGUUUGGUGACGUUAGUUUCAAUGCCGUGCUGGCAGUGGACGAUCCUUCAGCCCUGUCCCUCGUCAUACAGCCAGGAUCUGAUGGCUUCAGACUGGACUCUACAGCCAUGUUCCAGGUUGCUGCGGGUCGCGAGUGGUUUAUUCACACCAUUUACACAGUCCGCUCCAAGGAGAACGCUAACAGAGGCAUUGGAAAGCGCAGCCUCGACUACCACUCCUUUGUUUCCACGAGCGGCGACCUCGCAUUGACGCAGUCAAGCCAACGCUCCAGGAGGUCUGCCGGUGAUGAAGUUCCAGAAUUUGCUGAGGAGAUUGGCGCCGACAACAACCGAGGUACCAACAUCAUGCGCAUUGCUUUGGACCGCACCAAGCGGCAGGCAGGGGGGUCCAAUCAGGUGUUCGCAGAUGGUCUAGGACCUAGUGACCUGAAAGCAGAAGAGGAAGAGGAGGGUCUGGUGACCGUGGUGGGGUCACUGGUGGGGCUGCUGCUGACUGUCCUCAUCGUCGUCACCGUCGUACUGGUGCUGAGGUCCAGACAGAAGGACGUUAAAGAGGGAUGGAGGGAGGGGAUGCAGGAGGUGGUAAAAGGUUCGGUCAGUACGGAGCCCAUGUUGGUGGUGAGGAUGCAAGACUGCCACAACAGCUCAGAGGUCUGAGCCACGGAUGUGUGGAGGGACAGGUGGACAAAGGGAUGAGGGAGCUUUUAUAAAAUUUUGGAUGUUCUUUUCCUCCUUUUUUCUUUUUUUUUAAACAAUAUAAAGUUACUUUCACAACACCAAAAAUCUGAGACUGAUCAUAUGCGUUGUUGGGUUUGUGUACGUGUGCCUGUAAGUGGGGGGGAGAGGGGGUUUACACAGUAUGGCAUCCAUUAUGCAACACAAAACGGCACAGAAACACAGUCUUUCACACUGUCCUGUUCACUCCACGUUCCACCGCAGGAAGCACGGCAUGUCCAUUCUCUCUCACUGGCUCGACGGUGUUUAAGUGCCUGAAGACGCCACAGAGCAGCAAGUGUCUCACAGAGACUUAACGCUGCACGUGUAUCCCCCGGUAACCGCCACUAGAUGUCAGCGUGCACCAUAAAUAAACAACUCUCGAACGUGAUCGCCUGCCCUUGUGUCAGCGAAGACUUCAGUGAAGUUUGUGCAAUUCUGUCAAGAAUGUCUUUGUCCUCACAGUUCGCAGACGAUAUACUGGAAUCCCGCACACAUGUUGUGUUGCAUUUUAACGUCACUGAUGGUUUACACUUGCAACGUGGAUGUAAACGUGCAAAUUUAAAACAAGACGCAAGACAACAGUCACCCUCAGCUGUUCUUUCAAUCCAUCCUUGGAUUUCCAGUGGGAAAUUCUGUUGUUUCACUCCAGAACAUUUAAAACCAUAUUGCAUGGGUCGUUUUAUAUUCAUUCUGGGCUUGAAUGUGUAUCUCGGUCUAUUUUCUUUUCAUGGAAUAUUUGCUGGUACAUUCGUUCUGGGUUACACAAUGUUUAAUGAAAAGCAAACACAAGAUGCAACCACUUGUUUCUUGCCUGUGAACUAAAUCUGCCUGCAUGGAGAAGAAAACUACUGCUAUCAGAAUGUAUGUUUAGUCUUUGGCCAGCUGAACAUUCCCAUCCUCUUCUUUAGAAUAUGAUGACAAAUGUCUUUAUUUCUGUUGCUGCAUAUUGGGUUUUCCAUUAAAUUGUUUAAAGGGUUUCUUGUCGUUAGUCUAGUUCAUUGCUGCUGCUGUUCAAACCACAUUUCCUGCUGUGUUGUCCCUUCGUCUACUUCUCAAUCACUUCCACGUACGGUGUCGUUGUUCAUUUCUAAAUAAUAACACUUACUAUGUAUGUAUGAAGACGCUCAUCUCAGGAGUUAUUUAUUUUGCAGAGAAUGGACUGUGAAUACGUGUGGUGCUGUGAACAUGCAAAUGCUGUAUCCAAUGAUUUGACCUCUGUUUUUCUCACAUCAUGUUCCUGUAAGCUUUAUUUUUGUCACUCGUGCUGCGUGGGAUUUCAAGUGUUCUGACUCACUGUUUUUUUUUUUCUUUCUUUCUUUUUUUUUUUUGAACUAAGUAUGCAAACAAAAUAGCUUCUUACAGAUCAGUACGUCACUAUGGAAAAUAGUACGUUUGCAAUUUCAUAAGUCUUUUGAUGUCACUGGUGAAACUUCUUGUUUUCAUGUGCUGUUCAACCUGUGUCUUACUUUUCACUAUGGCUACAUACAACAUGCUCAGAUAAGUGUUCCUAAAUAUCCGUCUUAUUAUGGUGUUAUGGUGAGUCAUGAUUACGUACUUGUUUCCAAUAUUUAUCAGGGUCAUUAUGAAUCAGUGAGGGAUGUAGAGGGGUAUGAACAGUCUGUGGAAACCUGAAUGUGAUAUGCUUGGCCUUGAUGAAAUUGGAAAUAACAUAUCUGACAUCAAAUGCACUUUUUUGAGUCACAUCCCUCACACGCCAACCAAAGCUAUGCAAUGUAAUGUAUAACAGCCGGUUAUCCCCGUAUAUGUGACAAUUUUAGCACAAAAAGUCAAUCUUGAUAUUCACUUUGUGUCUUUUUAUGAAUGGGUUUUUAUGUACGUGUAUUUAAGAAAUAAAUAUUGUUGCUUACUGGUAGUAGGUUUUUGAUUUUA